GGCCCGCCCCUCUCGCCCCGCCCGCGACAGAGCCACGUCUCGGCCAGAGGAGCCGCAGGAGCCGCAGGAGCCGCAGCUGCCGCCACUGCCAGGGGCUGCCUCUGUCACUUCCUGGGCUCCCAGCUUCUGACCGACACCAGCUAGCAAAUGGAAACCUUAGCACUGCGUCUCUGAGUGGGUUUUGACUAUCGCUGAUGGAGGGGGAAAAGCAGGACUGGCUAGUGGCUCACUUAUAAGCUCCUGUCAGCAUCACCACCAGCUGGGGUCAAAGCUGCCAUGGACUCGUCCCUCGCUGAGCAAGGUGGCCUGCUGGAGAGCAGAUCUAGCAAUGGCAUCCCCGACCACUCUGGGACCCUCGUGGAUCACAAGGGCAAACUGAAUCGGACCGAUAGUGGGGAAAUUCACUGUGCCAGUAUUAAUGUUAACCAAGUGUCAAAUGAAGGAGGAAACAUGGAGGAACCCAGCAAAGGGGACGUCUGUCAGAAUGGACCCACAACCCAUUUCCCUGAUCCUCCAUUGUCUCUUGAUCCCACCACCAGACCAUUUGGUCCUGAUCCAUCUCCAGGUGUGGCUGGUUUCCAUGACAACCUAAGGAAGUCUCAGGGAUCUAGUGCUGAGGGCGUAGUUCUUAGAAAAGAAGCUUUGCAGUCUCUCAAACUCAGUCUUCCUAUGCAAGAAACUCAUUUGUGUUCAACUGAAUCUUCACUUCCCUUGGAAAAAGAAGAACAGAUCCGACUUCAAGCUCGAAGACGACUAGAAGAACAGCUCAAACAGUAUCGAGUGAAAAGACAUCAGGAGAGAUCUAAUCAGCCUGCAUCAAAAAACCGACCUACCAGUACCCUGGACCCUGAGCUCAUGUUGAACCCAGAAAUCUUACCGAGAGCCAGCCCAGUAGCAAUGACAAAAGAAUAUUCCUUCCUCCGGACCAGUGUCCCUCGGGGACCUAAAGUAGGCAGUUUAGGACUUCCAGCACAUACAAAGGAGAAAAAAAGUUCCAAAUCAAGCAGAAUCCGGUCUCUGGCAGAUUACAGAACUGAAGAUUCAGACUCUGGAAUUUCUAGUGCAAACUUCCUGGCUCCCGACUCUGCCAGGGGCUCCCUGCAUCAGAACAGAAGCAGUUUGACAUCAGUGGUAUCUGAGAUCAGCCUGACUCCUGAAACAGAUGACCGGCUGGAGAAUUCUUCGGUGGCAGGAGACAGCGUCUCCGAACUGGACGGAAGUGAAGGGGGCAUGAAGCUGGACGGCAAUGAUAGUGACAGCUCAUCUUAUAGCAGCAUCUCUGGCAGAGGAGCAUAUGGAGUAUUGGGUACGGCGGGCAAGCAGGCAGCUUCCUACCUGGUCAAUGGCCAGGAGAUCAGUUCCGAUGCGAUGGGGCAGUUUCCUUCCAUUAGAGAUGUCCUCCAGGCUGCCGCAGCCGAGCACCACACCCCAGAACCAGAUGUCAAUGGGGAUGUGCAGAGUCGCAGAGAUAGCAUUUCCAGCAGCAUAUCCAUGGAGAGCUCUAUUGCUGGAACUCAUGAUGAAAUGCUGCAGGUUCUUAAAGAAAAAAUGAGGCUUGAAGGGCAGCUGGAGGCCUUGUCUUUAGAGGCUAGUCAGGCCCUUAAAGAGAAGACCGAGCUGCAAGCCCAGCUUGCAGCCUUGGACACCAAGCUUCAGGCCCAGAUGGAGCAGAGCCGAAGCAGCCAGCAGAAACAGGACUCACUGAGUUCUGAAGUGGAUACUUUGAAGCAGUCCUGCUGGGAUCUGGAACGGGCCAUGACUGACCUGCAGAACACCCUCGAGGCGAAAAACGCCAGUCUGGCUUCCUCCAACAACGACCUGCAGGUGGCUGAGGAACAGUACCAGAGGCUCAUGGGAAAAGUGGAGGACAUGCAGAAGAGCAUCCUGAGCAAAGAUAACACAGUGCAUGACCUUCGGCAGCAGAUGACGGCCUUACAGAGCCAACUACAGCAGGUUCAGCUGGAGCGCAGCACGCUGACAAGCAGGCUCCAGGCCUCCCAGACUGAGAUCACGUCACUGCAGAAGGUCCGGCAGUGGUACCAGCAGCAGCUGGCCCUGGCCCAGGAGGCCCGGGUCAGGCUGCAGAGCGAAAUGGCCCACAUCCAGGUCGGGCAGAUGACCCAGGCAGGCAUUCUAGAGCACCUUAAACUUGAGAAUGUGUCAUUGUCCCAUCAACUGACAGAGACUCAACAGAGGUCCAUCAAGGAAAAGGAACGUAUUGCUGUCCAGCUACAGAACAUAGAGGCAGACAUGCUGGACCAGGAAGCGGCAUUUAUUCAGAUCCAAGAAGCCAAGUCCCUGGUGGAAGAAGACUUACAGAGGAAGCUGGAGGAGUUUGAGGAUGAGAAGGAACAUUUACAGAAAAUGGCUGAUUCUGCCACAUCCUUGGAGCAACAGCUCCAGCAGGUAAAGCUGACUCUGCAUCAGCGAGACUUGCAGCUGGAUGCCCUGCAGCAGGAGCACCUGGACCUCAUGAAGCAGCUCACCCUGAGUCAAGAGACUCUGCACACCCGCGAGCAGGCCCUCAGCGAGCUGCAGACCCGCCACGAGGAGCUGCAGGCCCGGCUGGAGGAGCUCCAGGGAGACGCGGCCACCAAAGACGACACGCUCCAGUCUCUGCAGAACGAGAAGAUCGUCCUGGAGGUGGCUCUACAGGCGGCCCGGGCGGGCAAGGAGGAGUUUGACCGUGGUGCCCAGCAGCUCGAGGAGGAUGCAGAUGCCACCUCGGAGCUCUUGGAGCAGCUGAGGCAGGAGAUAGCUGUCAAGUGCAGCCAGGUGGAAAACCUGCAGCAAGAAAGCAUCGCUCUGAAAAAACAGACUCAGAAAGUGAAGGAGCAGUUUCUUCAACAAAAGGUGAUGGUGGAAGCGUACCGGAGGGAUGCAAGUUCCAAGGACCAGCUGAUCAGCGAACUGAAAGCCACCAAAAAAAGGCUGGACUCAGAGAUGAGAAAUCUGAGGCAGGAAUUAAUCAAGCUUCAGGGUGAAAAGAAGUCAGUGGAAGUGGAGCAUUCCAGGUUACAGAAGGAAGUGUCUCAAGUUCAGCAGCAAAUGUCCGACCUCGAAGGACAGCUCCAGCUGGUGCAGAGAGAACGAGACGAAAUGGAGACACAGUUACAGUCUUUGCAGUUUGAUAGAGAACAAAUGGCGUCUCUUACAGAGGUGAAUGAUGCAUUGAAGCAACAAGUAGAACAGAUGCAGCUAGAAGCCAGAAAAGCCAUUACAGAACAAAAGCAGAAGAUGAAGCGAUUGGGUUCAGAUCUGACCAGCGCCCAGAAAGAGAUGAAGGCCAAGCACAAAGCCUAUGAGAACGCAGUGGGCAUCCUGAGCCGCCGCCUCCAGGAAGCCCUCACUGCCAAAGAAUCUUCAGAGGCAGAAUUAACCAAACUCAGAGCCCAGGUCACAGAUGGAGGAAACAACCAAGCUCUAAAUGAACAAAUCCAAGUCCUGGAGCUGGAGCUCCAGACCGUCGGUCAUAGCAAGAUGGUGCUGGAGAAGGAGCUCCAGGAAAUCAUCUCCCUGACCAGCCAGGAGUUGGAAGAGUACAGGGAAAAAGUCAUCGAGCUGGAGGAUGAGCUCCAAGAAUCCAGAGGUUUUAGGAGGAAGAUAAAACGUCUUGAAGAGUUAAAUAAGAAGUUGGCUCUUGAAUUAGAACACGAGCGGGGAAAACUGACGGGUCUGGGACAGUCCAACGCAGCCCUACGGGAGCACAACAGUAUCCUAGAAACGGCGUUAGCCAAGAGGGAGGCAGAUUUAGUGCAGCUGAACCUGCAGGUCCAGGCAGUUCUACAGCGCAAAGAGGAGGAAGAUCAGCAGAUGAAACAACUCGUUCAGACCUUACAGACGGCGCUGGAGAAGGAGAAGGCCAAAGUUCGAAGCCUCAAGGAGCAGGUGGCUGCAGCUAAGGCUGAUGCUGGACACAACCGCCGUCAUUUCCGAGCUGCGGCCUUGGAGCUGUGCGAGGUGAAGAAGGAGCUGCAGGCCAAGGAACAGCUGGUCCAGAAGCUCCAAGCAGAAGCAGACAAUCUGCAGGCGCAGGAGGGAAAACACUGCCAGGAAGUGUCCCAGUUCCAGCAGGAGUUGGCAGAAGCUCGGGCUCAGCUGCAGCUUCUGCAGAAGCAGCUGGAUGAACAACUGGACAAACAGCCUGUUGAAAACCAAGAGGUUGAAGAUCUCAAAUGGGAGAUAAGUCAGAAAGAGAGAGAAAUCCAGACCCUGAAGCAGCAGCUGGAUCUGAAUGAGCAGCACAGUCAAAAGGAAUUGGAAGCAAUCCAGCUGGCGCUGCAGAAUAUCAAAACUGAGCUGGACAUGGCACGGGAAGAUCUUUCGAUGACCCAGAAAGAUAAAUUCACCCUUCAGGCUAAGGUGACAGAGCUGAAGAACAGCAUGAAGACUCUGCUCCAGCAAAACCAGCAACUGAAGUUGGACCUGAAGCAUGGCAAAAUGAAGAAGAGGAAGGAACUGAAGGGAGAGACCAAUUCCAACCCUGUGACUCCCGUUAAAAUUCCGGACUGCCCUGUCCCUGCCUCCCUCCUCGAGGAGCUGCUCAGGCCCCCACCAACUGUGAGCAAGGAGCCCCUCAAGAAUCUGAACAGCUGUCUCCAGCAGCUGAAGCAAGAAAUGGAUAGUCUUCAGCGCCAAAUGGAAGAACACACGAUCACAGUACAUGAAUCAAUGUCUUCAUGGACUCAGAUGGAGGGCCACUUAAUGGACCUCUCGGUUACCUGCCCUCCUGCUGCCUCUAGGGAACUCGAAAACUCCAGCAUUGACCGAAAGGAACAGAGCCACCCUGCCCACACCCAGCAAGUAUUGGAACAAUGACCCCAAGCUGCCGCCUGGGUCUCUUCUUGUCUCUAAAUGUGUGAAGGAUUAUUGUUUUAUCACCCUUAUUUAUUUGACUGUGUACUUGAUGUUUUCAUAUGAGUUGCCGUUUUGAGUUCUCCUUUUGCCUAUGAGGGUACAAGAGAGUGAUGGCAAAGGACCAGAGAAGUGACCUGUUCAUGGGCCAUGCUUAAUUCACAAUUCUGUGACUGAUCCUGCUUCCUACCAAAGUAACUCAGUCUCAGAUGGGGUCUUGUCUCUGAUAUUUCUGGAUGGGAGUCUGGGUCGGUUUUGAGGAAUGGUAUGUCAGGACAGAAUUCUGAGAGAUCCUCUUGGUAACCCUGUCAAGGAGAUUUCAGAAUCAUUGCCAUCAGUGGACAUCUGGCCUGGGGAGUUCUUGCUCCUUGUCUCACUUUCCUUCUCAGCUCAGUGGGAAGCUUUAUUUCCCUGCAGAGAAGAAAACACUUAUUUUGCACCUUUUACUUUAUUUUUAAAUAAUACAUCCUAUAGUUGGAUGUCUAUAAAUAGUAAAAAAAAAAUCAUAUAAUUGUUACAAAAUACCCUUAUAUAAUUUAAAAAUUACUUGUAUUGUCUUUUCUGUUCUUCUGUCUCGUUAUCGUGUUUAAGUCUGCUGGUAUAAAAUCUUGUAUAUAGAGUACUUAGGGAAGCUGACCAGUACAGGUAAGGCUUUUAGAAAAAUAAUUAUUUUAUUUACUAUACCUUUCAAACACAAAAAUGCCUAUAUGAAAGGGUUUGGGGAUUUUUUUUUCAUCACCUUUCUUUCUUGGCUGUUUUUGCAAAGUGCACAGAGCUUCGCUUUCAGUGGGAGCAGCCUCCCUCACCCUGGCUGAAGCACUGCAAUUCCUAAGUGGGGGUUGGGGGACCUGUCACCAGUGGGUCCAGAAGGACCUGAGGUCCCACCGAAGCAGAGGAAAAAGAGGGGAAUUGGAAGGAUGAGGGAGUGCGUAGGAGGGAGAGAUGGAAAAAGAUUGGUGAUGGGUAGAGUUUGGCUAGCCUCUGGCUUAGGUUCCUGGAUCCAUCUGCCCCGGCAGGCCGGUCAGAGGUGGGGCUCUGACAGCCUGAGGAUUAGACCUGAAACUGACAUCAGGUGAGAGUCACCCCAGCCACCUGAAGCCAGUGUAGCCAUUGAGAGAAGCACUCCCUGCAGACUGGACUUUACGAGCAUGUUAGCUAGAUUUACAAAAAAAAAAAAAAAAAAAGGUUCCCUUAGUCUCUUUCCUGCUCAGGAAUCAUUGUUUCUGAUGCAGAUGAGUGGAAAAAAUUAAGACACCAGUAUCAGCGCAGACUUCUGGUCGUCUUCUUUUUCCUGGGUGCUCUUGAAACCUAGAAUACCUUGAUUUACAAAUCAGGCUCCCUGGAUAGGCCAUGCUUCAACUCCUCACAUCAUUCUACCCAAAUUAAACACCAUCAGAAUGACGGAUCAGGAGGCUCGCAGUUUGUGAACUUUGGGUUUUGUUUUGUUUAAUUUGCAAAGAAAAAUUUAGGAAAAAAAAAAUCAGAGUAAGUAGUGGGAGAUUUUUGUGUUUGUAAGCUUUAGGGGAGGGAGGGAAUAAUCCAUGAAUGGGGCUCACAAAUGCCCAUUCUGCAGAAUAACUGGCCUGAAAAUGAUGUUAUGAAGUGUUGCUGAUCAGUCCAGGUAUGCUUAUGUUUGCUCUAUAUGUGACAGAAGCUUAAUUAUUCUCAGUAAUGGAGAAAACAGUAUGGUAUUCUUAAGCUGUUCCUUGUGUUCUUAAAACCGCCUCUUAAACUACAUUGCAAGAGGAAAGAAAAAUACCCUAUUGUUAGUUGAUAAGGUUAAAAUAACAUUAAUGUUAAAUACACUUAGUGAUGCUAAAAAAAUACUCCCGUGAAGUGUUGCCGUUUCUAAAGAAUCGUCAUUUGUGCAGGGGCGAUCCUUGCUGCCAUACUGGAACAUCAUCCUCCCCAACAGGUGCAGGCACAGCGCCCCCCCUUGCUAGUCCUGUGCAAUGCUGGGACGUGCCUCAUCUUUUCACACUUGUCUCCCCCCAGCAGCGUGUGGGGCGCUCCCUAGCAAGGCACGUCCAGGGUUCACUUUUCCACAAAGGAAGAGAAGCUUGUUUAGUUGUCAGGUGAAGUUAGACUUCAUUUGUUUUAUUUCACCUUUUUCUUUUCUUUCCGUUCUUGGUUACUUCUCACAUUCAUUCCUUCUCUCACUCCCACUCCUGCCCUGAGAAACACAGUGAUUUUUUGACUCCCUUUGCAACAUGCUUGUCCCAAAGCCCCAGCCAGCCCCCCUCCCUUCUGGCUCAGAGAAUUCACAGGAUCAAGUGUUUUCGCUCUGAACGUGAUUCUCUAGGCUUGGGGCCUGCUGUGGGUGGGUGGGGGGUGAGAGGUAAGGGUGGCUCAAGACUGUGCUUGGCUUCCCUUUCUUUCCUACCCUCCCAGCUGCUGGAUGUCAGCCCCUUAUUUUCCCCUUUCCCUUUCUCUCCCUGGUACCUAGGACGUCCUAGGCCAGGGAAAUAAACCUGAGGCCUCUCAGUGUCCACAUAGACACUGCCAUUAGGCUUCCCCAAGAAGUCACUUUAAAGAGGAAAACCAGUGCCUCCAUAACCUACAAGAUAAUCUCCAAGUUGCCUACUUUGGAUUCGCCGAGGGUUUCUUUGCCUGCAAGGGACUCUGCUUCCUGUAGCUGUCUCACUGUCCUACCUCCCCCAGCCAGGGCCUAGUGAAGAAAGGGCUCAUAAUCUGCUGUUUCUUCAGAACCAUAGUUUUGAAAUUGACUCCUGAGUCAACACACGGAAAGAAAGCAGGGAUGAUUCCUUUAUAUAGCAGACUAGACUUGCACCACACUUGUAGAUGUCAAUAAUGAACGUGGUGUUCAGUACUGAAGGGAAAGUUCAUACUCCGUGAAGUCGUUACUUAGUCUUCCAGUUUGUUCCAAGGUGUUUUGUGCAACCUGGUUGUCAUUCCUUCUUUGGUACACAACAUCUCCAAGAAAUACUGUGGAUCUUAUAGAUUCAUAAAGCCGUUCUUCCCUCUGGAGGGCGUGACAGCUGAUUUUUAUCUUGUCAUAGGAUGUGAGAGUGGCUGUUACUAUGGUUGGUACAGAUUUAGGUCCAAAUUGUAAAGAGGUCCCCAAGAGAGAUGCCCCAAGGUGCGUACUGAUAGGUAUAGCUGAGCAGUGCUUUGUGAACUUACCAUGUUGUUCACCUGACAGUGUCCAUUUUCCUUACAGGUGAAGUUUCCCUGUAAAAGCAAUAGCAAAUCAAAUUAUAGACCUAUAGAUCUUCCAUGGAUAUAUAUGGACACUUUCAUGAGUGCUAAAAAACGUCUUGAAUAGAUGUCAUGGGAUGAAACCAUCCAGUUAUUAAAAAGAGAUGGCCUGGAUGCUCACUUUAACCAGAGCCCGUGUGGCGUGGAAUUGGGUGUAGACCCAAGGGUCUCAUGCCUUCCUUACCCAAGACAGGUUUGUGAGUAGAGGUAUCAGAAGCACUUUGUUAUACCGUGGUCUCACCUCAACUGUGGUCCCUGUUGUAUGGGCCCAAAGAUACCAAUGCAGGGAGGCUUUAGUACUCUGAAUGGUUUUCAGUUAUCUAAUCAAAUGUUCAUUAGCUAAUCAAAAUAAGCUUCACAUACAUGCAAAAAAAAUAUUCAUACAAAUUUAUUCAAAUGUGUUCAUCAGGUUGGGGCUCUUUUGGUGGAAUAAUUUGAGGAAAAUGUGACACCAUGUACAAUGAAUCUUAUACAGCAUGUUAAUUAAAAAAAGGUUUAAGUGUGCAUAGGAAUUCCUAAGUUUUGUGCAAUAAAAUAUUUUUGGUAAA